AUGUCGUCUAAAUCGGAAUAUCCUGCUGCUGCUGCUGCUAGCAAAGUCACCGAUGGUGAGUCGAACCAACAUUUACGUUACUUUGACCUAAUCAAAGAGCCCAUUGAAGUUCUUCUGCCUGUUGAAGGCUAUCAGGAUGUAAUUCUGAUGCCAUUAGAUAUAGCUGUCGAAGGACUAGAAGAAAUAAUCCCGGAUGUGCAACAAAAAGCAAGGAUAGCCAAAGCGCGCUGUCGUGAACCAUGUCCAGAUGGUCUUACUCAAGAUGAGUCGGCCGCUAUUCUUUUAUAUACAUUCGAGUGGAUACCAUACCAACGAUGUCUCUAUUAUCGAUUGAACGAAACGCUACGAAGUAAAGAUCGUCGACAACUAAUACGCUGGUUUCCAUAUUUAAAACUCGUUUUAACAGCCUUAUUUAAAUUACCAUCUGUUCGCCAAACAGUGUAUCGUGGUGUCAAAAUUGACAAAAGUCAAGAUUAUCAAAUAGGAGCAGUAGUUCCCUGGUGGGGCUUUAGUUCUUGCACCGAUACCCUUGCAAUGUUAGAAUCUGAACAGUUUCUUGGCAACCGUGGUACACGUACUCUGUUCAAUAUCGAAUGUUUCAAUGGUAAAGUCAUUAAAUCUCAUUCGUACUACAAGCAUGAAAAUGAAGUUCUUAUCUUACCGGCCACACAGUUCAGAGUUAUAAGUAAACUGAAUCCGGCACCUGGUCUACAUAUAAUUCAACUACGCGAAAUUACUGAUCCAGAAUUUCAAUUAUUAGAACCACCGUUCACGAUACCUGUUAAUCGAGAAUUAGAAAGACUAAUAAAGCACGGUAAGAACGAAGUAGAAAUGGAUUUAGACGGUCAGCAGCUAACAGAUCAAGAUAUCAAAGUCGUAGUAAAAGAACUGAAAAAAAGUCGUUGUUGGAAAAAGCUCAGUUUGGCUUCGAAUCGAUUUACAAGCGUAGCUGCGGCAUAUUUAAGCGAAGCACUUGAAGAGAAUACAGUGUUAACUGCUCUCUAUCUAUAUAAUAACCAAAUAUCGGAUAACGGGACAAGAUACAUCUUUCAUGCAUUGAAAAUCAAUCAAACAGUAAAAGAAAUCAAUUUGAAUUCAAAUUAUAUAACAGGCGAUUCGGUAUCGGAAAUUUCAGAAACACUGAGAAUUAAUAAGACAUUAGAGAGACUUCUCAUUACUGGUAAUAAAAUACGAGACAGAGGUAUGCAAUCACUUACAAAUGCCCUAAAAACGAACACUACACUACUUGAACUCUAUGUUGCGGAUAAUAACAUAACGGAUGCGAGUGUCACUUCUAUAGUAGAUAUGUUGGAAGUUAAUCGUACUUUAACGUCAUUGAGUCUACGUGAUAAUCAGAUAUCAGACCAAGGUAAACAUACUAUACGACAGGCGGCGAGAAAAUAUAACAAUUUAUCACUAAUCACAUAA